UAUUUUUUUAUGUCAAUGUUACCUAUAAUGGUGUUUGUCAUUUCGAGUUAACAACAAUAACUACGUUAUGUACCUACCUCAAGGGUGUCUAUUCCCGGAGUUUCGAGCGAAUUCGAAGAAUUUCUUCGAUAUGUAAGAAAAAUACUCGCGUGAAUAGUUCUUCAUGCAUUGUAUGUACCUAAUAAUUGAUUUUAUUCAAUACAUAAACCCAAUCUGCGCGUAUCAGUGCUCAUAAUAAAUGUAGGUAUUGCAAAAGUGGUGUAAAAAUUCGAUUAUGAGAAAGUCCAUCAUUGCAACUUUACUGUUAUCAUGUUUAUUAAGUCGUGGGAUAAAUUCAUCCAACAUUUUAGGACUAUUCUUUAUGCCAGCUCCGAGUCAUUACGCCUUCGUCAGACCACUACUGAACGAAUUAACUAAUCGAGGACACAAUUUAACCGUAUUCACGGUAUUCGCUGACCAAAAAUUGGCAAAUUAUCGUGAAAUCCACGUCGUCGAAGGAUUCCUACCAGUUGUACUGAAGGAGAACUCACUGGGUGAAACUUUAAAAGAAAUAUCUUCCUUUGAAUUAUUGAAAAAUGUAAUCUUUAAAAUGAUCCCUAAGUUGAAACAAAUGCAGCAAAAUGAACGUAUAAUGGAACUGGUCAAUUCAACCGAUCACUACGAUUUAAUUUUAACCGAUAUCGUUCAUGCUGAAUGGUAUACCGCGUUUGCAUUCAAGUUCACAGCGCCUAUGAUUAAUAUUUAUCCUAAUUUUAUUUUCCCUUGGUUUGCCAAUUACAUUGGGGCUGGGUUUCAUCCUGCUUUUGUGCCCAUUUUAAGUACUGGGGUGUCUUUCGAGAUGUCAUUUUGGGAAAGAUUGCAUAAUACGAUUGUGUACAUGGUGUGGAUGACUGUUGGACAGUAUUAUUCUACCAUACCUUCGGAGGAAUUGGCUAGGCAACUUUUUGGUCAGAUUCCACCGUUGACGGAGAUUGUGAAGAAUACUAGUAUGACUUUUAUCAAUACGUAUCCGCCGAAUUAUCCGUCUUGGGCGUUGCCUCCUCAUGUGGUUCAAGUUGGUGGAAUGAAUAUUGCUCCUGUUGAAAAACUUCCUGAGAAUUUGGAAAAAUUCAUCGGCGAAUCAGAAAAUGGAGUUAUAGUUUUCUCCAUGGGAUCUCUAUUCAAAGGCUCCAUCCAUCCUAAAAAACUGGAAGCAUUCUUGUAUGCGUUUUCCAAGAUACCUUAUCAUGUGCUGUGGAAAUGGGAUGGGAAAGUUUCGCCCCAAAUAAGCAGUAAUAUUAUGCUUUCUAAGUGGUUGCCUCAACGUGAUAUUUUGGCUCAUCCAAAAGUAAAAUUACUGAUAUCCCAAGGAGGGCUAUUGAGCAUUAAUGAAGCGAUCUACGAAGGUGUACCAAUCCUAGGAAUGCCCAUUUUUGGUGACCAGAGAACCAAUAUUAAAUUUCUGGUAACCAAUGGUGACGCUGAACUUCUCGAAUACAAUGAAAUUACCAAAGAAAUAGUUUUGGAAAAAAUUCAAAAACUGUUGUACGAUCCUAAGUACAAAACGAAUGCUGGACUUUUAUCGGACGUGUUUCGUGAUCGUCCAAUGUCUCCAUUAGAUACUGCCAUAUACUGGACCGAGUAUGUUAUUAGACACAAUGGAGCUCAUCAUUUGAGAACUGCAGCGGUGGAUUUGUCCUGGUGCCAGUUCCUACUUUUGGAUGUUAUUGUCUUCUUAUUAGCUGUUUUUAGUAGUGUCUUGGUGAUCGUCUAUUGUGCUAUGAAGUCGAGUUUGAGAUUUGUACGUAGAUUCGUGUGCAGUAAAAACAGCCCUUAUUCGAAUUCGAAGAAAAAAUAUGUAAAACACGAUUAAGACAUCGAACAAAACGUCUUGUUUUU